GUUGACGUCACCGCUAUCUACAACAACAAGAAGCAGAAAAACAAGGAAGUGGAUUAUUGCUAUUCACCGCCGUAAACCUCUUCGUUUGAACGACUCUGUGACGAGAUAAGCAGAGUCCCCAGUGAUUGUCUGACAUCCUCCACAUUUCGAACCGGACUGUGACAAUGAACAACAAAGGGUCAUAUCCACAGCAGAGUGUGUACCCUCAGCAGAGCACUGCCCCCGUUUACCCCCCUGCGAUGCAAAUAUCUCCUCAGGCGCCUCCUUAUACGGACACGCCUCCCGCAUACUCUGAGAUCUACCACCCUAGGUAUGUGCUUCCCCACCAGGUGACCGGUCAGGUGCCUCAGAUGUCCUCCCCCUAUGUGGGCACUCAGGUCUACAUGCCCAUGCAGCCGCAGAUGCCCGUCGGAGCCAUGGCCCAGAACGUCCCCCUGGCUUAUUAUCCUAUGGGGGCCAUGUACCCACCUGGUUCCACAGUGAUGGUUGAUGGUGGCUUUGACGCUGGCGCCCGCUUCACAGCUGGAAGCAGUGUUUCCAUCCCGCCCCCACCCCCUGGGCACGCCCCAAAUGCAGCUCAACUGGCGGCCAUGCAGGGUGCCAACAUGGUCAUGACGCAGCGCAAGAACAACUUCUUCUUGGGCGGUUCCAGCGGAGGUUACACCAUCUGGUAACAGCAGAUGCUCCCUCACGCCUAAAUCCAAUGCAGCGCCUCCCCCCUUCCCCAACAUCACGUACCCCCCCCCUAUCCUCCUUAGGCUGCUUAGCCACAAUACUGAUAUCACCUAAUGGAAUGUAAUGUUUUUGAGCCCUUGUAAAAGGUACAGUACUCCACUUAUAACUUAGCCAUUAAGUGACCAACAAAUAUUUAAUGUUGUAGAAUCCAUCCCAUCAUUUUCCAUUGCGUCGAGCUUCAGUUUUAGUUUAGGUCAUUCCAGGUUCACAAGAAUGGUGGCCUGUGCUUUGACACUAGUGGUUAAGUAGGUAGCUAAACUUGAUAGAUUUCGCAAGGCUUACGUCAUAAGAUCAACUUAAAGCCAAAGUCAAGUCACACAUUUUCUUUACAAUAUUAACUUCUAUCUCCUACCAGUUUAAACACAGGUGAGCUGUGAUGGUUGUUAUCUGAGAGCCAUAAGGCACUGAUAUAAUUUUCAGUCGCAGUACAAGACAAAAUGGCCGCCACCCAGAGAUUGAUAAAAACUGGUGGAUUUUUCUGCUUAAUUCAUACACUACAAAUGCAUUAAUCAAAAUACCAUGUGAAGGGGCAUAGACCAUAUAUUGUGAUGAAAAUAUUUUACUUGACUACACCUUUAAGAGAUCAAAAUGUGGCAAAAACAUCAAAUACCAACCAAUCAAGACAACUCCAGCUUAGUUUGAAAAAAAUAACAUUUGAAAGCCGUGUGUCUCUGAUAAAGUCUUCACAAGAGGUGUUCAACUGGUCUUCCAUUUCUUUUUUUUUCUCAAAGGCCAUUUUAAUAGAUAUCGGACCAAAUUAUUUUUUGGAAACAGUAUCACAAGAAACUGAAGGGUAAAGUCAAAUUGGUGAUCAACAGCAUUUCAGACACAUUUCUGCCUCUCAACAGCAACACAAAUCUGCUGUAAAGAUGCUAAACUGCUGCUUGUUUGUUAGAAUCGAGUGCAGGUUAAAUCCACUUUUAAAUUAUUUUUGACCAACCAGUUGAAACUGAUUGCUCUAGAGACUAAAAUAUCAUACUUGAAGCAGCUUCUACAGAAAAGACAGUAGGCAAUGUCACAUUCGUGUAGUGUUUAAUAGUUGAGCUGCUUAAUGGUGAAAGUGAAAUGCAAUUACAAAGUUGAACGCAAAAAAAAUCCCCAUUUGUCUUUUUUUCUUUCAUUUUUUUAGUGUAGUAAACUAAUGUUCCUAUAAAUACCAGUAUGGCUAUCACAAGAAAUUCUCAAGAAAAAAAAAAUGCAUUGAAGUAGAUAAAACUUGUCUUUUACGCAAUGUGAAUUAAAAAAGAAAAAGGAAGUUGCAUUUAAAGAGCUUAAAAAGAAAGAAAUACUAAAAUGCACUUGCCAAAAAGUGGUUUACUGUACCUUGUUGGGCGACGUGUAGAUUUAACAUAGUCAAGUGCCAAAGAGCACUGGGGAUCGAGCCCCAUUUCAAGAAACAAAACGUUCAAAGGAAAAUGGAAAGAGAUUCAAGUGAGUUGACUGCGACAGGCUGGUUGGUGUAACUUUUGUAGUUUAUUUUCUUUCUGUUUUGAUGUCGGAUACCCAGAGUUUAUACAAAAUGUCUGAAAUGUGCUUAUUUGUGCAAGCUAAUUCAUUUACUACUCGUUUACUUUUUCUUCUGGUUUUCAAUUCGGCACAUUUGAAAAGGUUUCUGUUGGUGAACCUUAUUCAUUUGUUUAAAAAGAACAACACUAAGUCAGUUGUACCAAAGAAAAUGAUUUAUUAUAUCAACUAAUCAGUUAAUGUGGGAUUUUUCAUAAUUGUUCAAAGUUGUGCAUUUCAUCAUUUUUAAUUUGCACAUGAUUACUAAUUAAAAACAAAACAAAAACAGGAUGCACUGCUAAACUAAUAUGACAAAUUCCAGACAACGGGUGGUUGGUUAUUUUUUAGUCAUAGUUUUGUGUGUGUGUAUAUAUUUAGAAAACUGUGAAAUAUUGUGCUAAGAGGCUUUACUGCUGUCUGCGUUAAUGAUGCGCUUUUUUAAUAAUAUCCAAUCAGAGAACUAGCGUCUGUGUUUGCUGACUAGUUGAUAUUUUACUUAAUGGGUAAAUGUUUAAUUUAAAAUGAGCCUAUGGGCUAGGUAAAUAUGUAUCCUUAGAAAUUGAGGUGAAAAAUAUUGGGGAUCAUUCACAAACUGGGGUUAAACAAUCACCACGCUGUAUCCGUGUUUGUGUCAAAGGAUGUUUUAGAUUAUUAGACGAUGAAACCCGUCAGGAUGUUGGAAAUUUGACCAUAUUUCCACCUACUAAUCAAGAUCCUAGGAGGUCAGAUAAGUAUUUAAAAAAAAAUAAAAAUCCCACCAAUUUCCCUGACAUCCGGGAGUAGAUAAUUACCGGUUUCCAGCACUCGUUUCUCACAAGAUUUGAAGAAAAAUACACUUAUGAGACUCUUUUGUUUUAGUCUGUAUGCUGAGUUUAGCAUUUUUACGACACUAUCUGAACAGGAAGUUGCUCUUUGUAGAUGUUGUCCACUGGGUGUCCGACUAACCGUGUUCAGGUUUUGGCUGCUGUAGCCACAGAGGAUGGGGGGGAAAAGCUCGCCCGCUACCUUUAUCAAACAUGCGGUUGCCGUAGAAAGGGGUCAUUCGAACUAACGUUCUCAUGCUCAAGAGGGCCCACAGCUUCCAAAACUUGAACUGUUCUCUUUAGUUCUGUGUUUUUUCUUCUUUUUGUAACGGUGGUGCCAGCAAUAUGAAGUACUUCCUGUACGAGUGCAGCUGUAAUGCCAACCGCAGCCAGACAGACUUCUUCUCUGUUAAAGGAUCAAGGACAUUCCUGGUUCAGGGAUUCUCUUUCCGAUGUUUUGUAAAAAAUAAAUAAAAAGAAAAAAGACGCCGCGCUAAAGCGAUGACGGACUUAGUAUGCACAUUUUCUGUCUUGAGAUGGCUAAAGGAGAUGAGCGUCAACGACUUAGGUGCACUUAAUUUUUUUUAUACUAAACUUAAAAUUUAAGUGUAAGUUUAGAAUAAAGGUUAUUUUGGACAUUUGAGACGUUGUUUAAAUUUAUUCACAUAUGUAAUGUAUUCAAAAUGGGGCACACUGCUAAAUAAAGGACAUUUGUUUUUUUGUAACGUGA